GAGGCGGGGCCCGUGGUGCGGUGCAUGCCGGGCCGGCGGCGGGCGGGCCCGCGCUCCCAUCAUGGCGGCGGCCUCGGCUUCCCGGUUGUGGCUCUGGGCUGCCCUGCUUAUCCCUGCUGCAGCGGUCUACGAAGACCAAGUGGGCAAGUUUGAUUGGAGACAGCAGUAUGUUGGAAAGCUCAAAUUUGCCUCCUUGGAAUUUUCCCCUGGAUCCAAGAAGUUGGUUGUGGCCACAGAGAAGAAUGUGAUUGCAGCACUGAAUUCUCGGACUGGGGAGAUCUUGUGGCGCCAUGUUGACAAGGGCACAGCGGAAGGGGUGGUGGAUGCCAUGCUGCUCUACGGACAGGAUGCAAUCACUGUGUCCAAUGGAGGCCGGAUCAUGCGCUCCUGGGAGACGAACAUUGGGGGCCUGAACUGGGAGGUUACCCUGGACAGCCGCAGUCUCCAGGCGCUGGGGCUGGUCGGCCUGCAGGAGGCUGUGAGGCACGCUGCGGUCCUGAAGAAGACCACCCUUGCCCUCCUUCACCUCUCCAGCGGGCACCUGAAGUGGGUGGAACACCUCCCGGAGAGUGACAGCAUCCACUACCAGAUGGUGUAUUCCUGCGGCUCAGGGGUCGUGUGGGCCCUCGGAGUCGUCCCCUUCAGCCAUGUGAACAUUGUCAAGUUUAACGUGGAAGAUGGAGAGAUCGUUCAGCAGGUCAGGGUGUCGACCCCCUGGCUGCGGAGUCUCACCGGGGCCUGUGGUGUGGUGGAUGAGGCUGUCCUGGUGUGCCCCGACCCGAGCUCGCAGUCCCUCCAGACCUUGGCCCUGGAGACGGAGUGGGAGCUGAGGCAGAUCCCACUGCAGUCUCUUGACCUAGAAUUCGCAAGUGGAUUCCAACCCCGGGUCCUGCCUACACAGCCCAGCCCGGUGGAUCCUUCUCGGGCGCAGUUCUUCCUGCAGUUGUCCCCAAGCCACUAUGCGCUGCUGCACUACCACCACGGCGCCCUGAGUCUGCUUAAAAACUUCCCACAGGCUGCCCUGGUGAGCUUCGCCACCACCGGAGAGAAGACAGUGGCUGCAGUCAUGACCUGUCGGAACGAGGCGCAGAAGCCUGGCGUUUCUGAAGACGGGUCACCUGGGAGCUUUUCGGAGAAGUCUGGUCCCCAGGACUCGCUGGCAUGCUUCAACCAGACCUACACCAUUAACCUCUACUUGGUGGAGACAGGCCGGCGGCUGCUUGACACCGCGAUCACCUUCAGCCUGGAACAGAACGGCACGCGGCCCGAGCGGCUGUACAUCCAGGUCUUCUUGAAGAAGGAUGACUCCGUGGGCUACCGGGCCUUGGUCCAGACGGAGGAUCACUUGCUGCUUUUCCUGCAGCAGCUGGCAGGGAGGGUGGUGCUGUGGAGCCGUGAGGAGUCCCUGGCCGAGGUGGUGUGCCUGGAGAUGGUGGACCUGCCACUGACCGGGGCGCAGGCGGAGCUGGAAGGGGAGUUUGGCAAGAAGGCAGCCAUCCAAGACGGCCUGCUGGGCAUGUUCCUGAAGCGCCUGUCUUCCCAGCUCAUCCUGCUGCAGGCCUGGACCUCCCACCUCUGGAAAGUGUUUUACGAUGCGCGGAAGCCCCGGAGCCAGAUCAAGAAUGAGAUCAACAUUGACACUCUGGCCAGGGAUGAAUUCAACCUCCAGAAGAUGAUGGUGAUGGUGACGGCCUCAGGCAAGCUUUUUGGCAUCGAGAGCAGCUCUGGCACCAUCCUGUGGAAACAGUAUCUCCCUAACGUCAAGCCGGACUCCUCCUUUAAGCUAAUGGUCCAGAGGACGACUGCCCACUUCCCCCACCCACCCCAGUGCACCCUCCUGCUGAAAGACAAGGAGACGGGAAUGAGUUCGCUGUAUGUCUUCAACCCCAUUUUUGGGAAGUGGAGCCAGGUGGCCCCCCCCGUGCUGAAGCGCCCCGUCUUGCAGACUCUGCUCCUGCCCAUCAUGGAUCAGGACUAUGCCAAGGUGCUGUUGCUGAUAGACGACGAGUACAAGGUCACAGCUUUCCCAGCCACUCGGAAUGUCUUGCGGCAGCUCCAUGAGCUCGCCCCUUCCAUCUUCUUCUACUUGGUGGACGCGGAUCAGGGGCGGCUGUGCGGAUAUCGACUCCGGAAGGACCUCACCACUGAGCUGAGCUGGGAGCUGACCAUCCCCCCGGAGGUGCAGCGCAUCGUCCAGGUGAAGGGGAAGCGCAGCAGCGAGCACGUCCACUCCCAGGGCCGAGUGAUGGGGGACCGCAGCGUGCUCUACAAGAGCCUGAACCCCAACCUGCUGGCCGUGGUGACGGAGAGCACGGACGUUCACCACGAGCGCACCUUCAUCGGCAUCUUCCUCGUGGACGGCGUCACGGGGCGCAUCGUCCACUCGUCCGUGCAGAGGAAAGCCAAGGGCCCCGUCCACAUCGUGCACGCAGAGAACUGGGUUGCGUACCAGUACUGGAACACCAAGGCCCGGCGCAACGAGUUCACGGCGCUGGAGCUCUACGAGGGCACGGAGCAGUACAACGCCACGGCCUUCAGCUCCCUGGACCGCCCGCAGCUGCCCCAGGUCCUGCAGCAGUCCUACAUCUUCCCCUCCGCCAUCAGCGCCAUGGAGGCCACCAUCACAGAGCGGGGCAUCACCAGCCGCCACCUGCUUGUUGGGCUGCCUUCUGGAGCGAUCCUUUCCCUUCCUAAGGCCUUGCUGGAUCCUCGGCGCCCCGAGAUCCCAACAGAGCAGAGCAGAGAGGAGAACCUGAUCCCGUAUUCUCCAGACGUGCAGAUCCACGCGGAGCGGUUCAUCAACUAUAACCAGACAGUCUCCCGAAUGCGAGGCAUCUACACAGCCCCGUCGGGCCUGGAGUCCACUUGCCUGGUCGUGGCCUACGGUUUGGACAUUUACCAGACCCGCGUCUACCCGUCCAAACAGUUCGACGUCCUGAAGGACGACUAUGACUACGUGCUCAUCAGCAGUGUCCUCUUUGGCUUGGUCUUCGCCACCAUGAUCACGAAGAGGCUGGCGCAGGUCAAACUCCUGAACCGUGCCUGGCGGUAAAGGCCCGAGACCCCCUGCCGGAGAGCGGAGAGCCAAGGGGAGCGAGGGUCGGGCGCCAAGCUCCAGUGGCAUGUGCCGGGUAGGGGGGGACGUGUGUUAGGCACUCAUCUCAGUUAAAUGGGGAGGAGGAUGGACUCUCGUGGAGACUGCUCUGGGGACACGUCUGUGGAGGAGUCACCAGAGGCGGACGCAGGCUGGACUCUGUCAACCGAGACCGCAGAGCAUCCUGACCGACUUUCCCCUCGAGUCCCAAGGCUGUCGUCAUCGCCUUCUGUGCCCAUCCACAAACGUCACUGUUCUGUAAGACCUCCAGCAGACUUCUCUUUCGUGAGCCCUGCUUAAAUUGAUGUCGGUUUGCCUUCUGUCUCGCAGGUGUAUCUGGAAAGCCUUCUCCUCGCUUCCAGAGUCAGAGGGAACUCUUACCAAUGACUGUACCUUAUAGGUGCCUUUGCUGUCUUACACUGGGGAGAAGGAAGAGCCUGCCUUAGCUGAGGUUUGAGAACCGAUCCAGCCUCUCAUGGCUUCUUUCCAAAGUAACUGUGGGUCGAGGAAUCUAUAUUUGUGUCACAAUUUCUCUUAACUAAGCCUCUCAUUUCAUGCUCCCAUUCAUGAGUGGGCCAGCCGGCCUUAGAUUCAGUUUAUCGAAAACCACGUGCGUAAUAGUGUUUUCCUUUGUCAGUCAUCGUCCAAGCUUUUCUCCUAAGAUGUGUCAGAGCUGAGGCCUUUUUAGUACUACUGAAUUGUCUGCACCUUGAAAGGAUUUCAAGGGAGGAAGGCAAAUCUGCCCGUUUCACACUCUCUCUUAACCUCUCCUUUCACCUUCAGGCUGACCUGGUCAUCUUAUAACCCAGUUGGAAAAAGUUGUCCUUGUUUAAGAAACCUCAUUAUUUAUGUUUGGUUAUGCGUUAAUGCUUGGGUUACUAUACUUCUUUUAAAAUCAGCAGAUUUUAAAUCUUACCUGUAAACGAGGGAAGGAAGGGGCAGGGGCGGGGCGGGGGCGUCUUGAGGCUAUAGCCUUGUUGACUGGCUGGGCUGCUGUUUCUAGUGCAAACUAAAGACAGCCUAAAAAUGUUCCCUGUUGGUGGAUUUGGGGACUGAUGGAGUUUCUCUCUGCUGUGAAGAAUGAAAUGUACAGAGAGCCCUGUUGGGAGAGAGGUACGUUUAAGUGUCUGAAUAAAGCGAGUGGCGAAUGACAA